AUGGCCGCCGCCUCGUCGUCCAGGUCGUCACUAUCGCUCCCCGCGGCUGCGGCUGCACCGCCCCGGGCGCCAAAGUGGUGGAAGAUCCGCCUGUUUCGCGGCAUGGUCAACGACAUCCGCCGCCGCGCCCCCUUCUACCUCUCCGACUGGACAGACGCGUGGGACUACCGCGUCGUCCCGGCCACCGUGUACAUGUACUUUGCAAACAUCCUCCCUGCCUUGGCCUUCUCUCUGGACAUGUUCACCAAGACCAACAUGCAGUACGGCGUGAACGAGGUCUUGCUGGCUUCCGUCCUCGGCUCUGUAGUCUUCUCUGUCGUGGCCUGUCAGCCCCUGGUCAUUGUCGGAGUUACCGGUCCCAUCACCGUCUUCAACUACACCGUCUACGACAUUAUGAGUCCGGCGGGGACUAAAUAUCUUGCCUUUAUGUGCUGGAUCGGAUUGUGGUCUCUGGUCUUCCACUGGGUCCUUGCCAUCACCAACUCGUGUAACUGGCUGCGCUACGUGACGCGCUUCCCGUGCGAUAUCUUUGGCUUCUAUGUCGCCUUCAUCUACCUGCAAAAGGGCGUCCAAGUGCUUCAACGCCUCGGCGACGAGGAGCCCUUUUACCUGUCCCUCGUUGUAGCUCUGCUGGUCUUUGCCAUCGCCUACAUCUGUGGCGAGCUCGGCCUCAGCAGCCUGUUCCGCCACCCUGUGCGCGUCUUUCUCAAGGACUACGGCACCCCCCUCACUGUCGUCUUCUUCACCGGCUUCGUCCACUUAGGAAAGAUGAACGACAUUCACCUCGAGAAUCUCCCAACCAGCACCUCCUUUCUCCCCACCGCCGACCGCGGAUGGUUUGUGCACUUUUGGGACAUACGCGUUUCUGAGGUCUUUCUGGCCAUCCCCUUUGCUCUGCUCUUGACCAUUCUGUUUUGGUUCGACCACAAUGUGUCGUCCCUCAUCGCCCAGGGCACUGAAUUCCCACUCAAGAAGCCCGCCGGCUUCCACUGGGACCUCUUCCUGUUGGGCCUGACGACAGGCGUGGCGGGCUUGCUCGGUUUACCCUUCCCCAACGGGCUCAUCCCGCAGGCGCCCUUUCACACCGAGUCGCUGUGCGUCACUGAAGUGGUGGCUGACGUCGACGAAAAGUCGGGUGCCAAAGGCCACUACGAGUACAAGGCAACGCGUGUGGUCGAACAGCGCGUGUCGAAUCUGGCCCAGGGCCUGUUGACACUCGGAACCAUGUCGAGCCCCCUGCUCGUGGUCCUGCAUCUCAUCCCGCAAGGCGUGCUGGCCGGUCUCUUCUUCAUCAUGGGCUUUCAGGCGCUCGAGGGCAACGGAAUCACUGCCAAGCUGCUCUUCCUGGUGCGCGACGAGUCGCUGACUCCUCCUGCCCACCCGCUGCGCCAGAUCAAACGCCGUGCCGCCAUCUGGCUCUUUGUUGCCGUUGAGUUCAUCGGCUUCGGCGCCACCUUUGCCAUCACCCAGACCGUCGCCGCCGUCGGCUUCCCCAUUUUCAUCUUCGUUCUCAUACCCAUCCGCGCCCUGUUGCUGCCCCGUUGGCUGUCCCCUGAAGAGCUUGCCCUCCUCGACGAGGCGACCGCCAGCCCUUUCACCAUGGAGAGCGCUGGCGGCAGCUACGGCAGCGCUUCCGUCAUCGAUGCCCCGGACCGCGGGUCCAACAGCGACGAGCCGGAUCGCACCCCCAAGAAUACUGGCAGCACUAGCGGCGGCCUGUUUUCCGGGCCCGAUAAUAGCACCGAAGCUAGCGUCCUUCGCCGGGUGAGCCGAGCUAGCCGCGAGGAACGCCUUGCCGAGCUGGGAGAGAACCGGCCCUCGCAUGCGCUUGCCGCGGCCGACGCCGAGGCCAGUCUUGCCGGUCCGGGCAGGGCUCGGCGGAGGGGCAGCACCGCCGUGGUCGACUAG